AUGUAUUUGGCCAGGGAAGAAUUCAUAGAACACCGGCCAUAUGUGCCCGAUAAUUGCAGUAUAUACUCACUCUCAAUGGGCCAUGUAGUAAUAGAUUGGUACAAUGGGACCACUUCGCAGAACUUGUCGCUCGGGUUUCUCCCAGCUUAUUACAUAACAAACUGCAGUGUGGAUAGCUUGCUUCAGUUCAUGAAUCUGCUGAAUUUCACAUCGAUUCUUAAUGACUACGCUCCCUUGGCAUCGUUGAACGACAGCGGGAGUUCAUUCAUCGCAAUACUAUUCACCGCUAGCGGUACUUGUGUUUCCAGUUGGAUGCUUUGUCUAUUGUUGUAUCUUUCACCCAAAUACAAGCGGAAACCGAUUCUGAGCCAAGUAGCGACCCUAUUUUAUAGCAUAGUAUGCACGAUAUUCCUAUCCAAGGUAACAGCGGCUGCUUCCAAUCAGUACUAUAGUGACUUCUUGGACGUCCUAGAUUUGCAUGACAAAGUGUACCGUCACGCUGCGUAUCGAGCGACGAUAAUUAUCUCACAGAUAUUGACUCUUAUUGCCUUCUUUCAGAUCAAUUACCACAUGACCAAGGGAAGGUAUAGAUGGGUGUCAUUGGGUAGUGGUGGGCUCCUCAUGGUUGUUUACAUCAUCUGCUUUAUUGUGUUUCAGACUAAGCACAACGAUAACUUUAGGAGUUAUGUAACUCACGAUAAUAAUAGAUGGGACUUGACCUGUGUAAUAUUCAAAAUAUUGACGAUGUGCUGGGUGGCAGGAACGUUAAUUUACUAUACUGUCAUUGUUAAAAAUCCGGUGAAAAUAUCGUAUUCCAGAAGAGUGCUAGGGUUAAGUGUUUUAACGUGGAUUUUAUUUUUGUUGCACAUAAUUCUAGAACUACUAAUAAUCACCCUUUUCGACAACAAUUCGCUAGUUAAAUUUUGGAUGACGUUUCUCCCCUUAAUUAUUGAAAUAUUCUUAUUAACAAUUAUUUGGGAGUGGAUCUACAACAUUGCCAUGUUGGACAAGAGAGAGGAGAUGUCUGGAGUCUUGGGUAGAAGAAUGUCCAUGGACGAUGUCACCAGUAUCAAUCUGAAUAUUAAAUCGAGUAGAAAUUUGGAUUCCAUUAGAGGGAAGUAUAAAUUACACCUUGGAAGAAAAACAAAGGCCAUACUGGAUGAUUCUCCGAAGAGUCCAAGUUUAUUAAGUAAAUUAAAGAGAAGAUUUGAAAAUGGGAAAAUAGUAGGAAAUAGUGUCAGAUCAGCUCCAGUAACUGAAUUAAUCAAUCCCACCACUUCUGCUUCUAAUACAGCUACUGUUGAGUCCAAUUCCACUUCUACCAUUAAAACAGCCAACAAUAUUACUUCUGCAAAUACCAAUGGCUCGAAUGGCUCUACCAGAACUGGGGUGCCAGAGCUGAUAUCAUCACAGAAUAAUCUCACCACAGAAGAUCCAUCAUACCCCCACUUUAGUUCUGAAGGAGCUUCAGCUUUAGCUUCCCAAAGGACUAGCUACGAUAUUGGAGUUCCAGAAGACCACUUCUCGCUCGGAAACUCACUCAAUAGAUCAACCUAUAGUCAUGAAGAAGUUCAUUAUAACUAUGAAUUUUCUGACUCUGAAUAA